GAUAUGGAAAGAAGAAGCGAUUGUGGUUUGCUAAUUCGUUGGAACCGAGGUCUCAGCUUGCCUUUUACACAAACGAAGCAUUAUCGACUGAAUAUUCUCGAUUUUCCACAUUAUAAAGUAAUUGGAGAUCGAGUUGUUCCAUCGGAUGGUAGGACAAAUCCAUGUUGGUUUGCCGAUUUGCGUUAUACUUAUGCAGCACCAUUGCCUCAUAAAUAUUAUGAAUCGAUUGCUGAAGUUGUUCUUCCAUCUCCUAUUGUUGGUCACGCAAUUGCAACAACGAGUGCUAUAUGUGGUCAGUCAUUUUCGAAAGUGUCGAAACGAGCCAAAUGUUUAUUGGAUGAAAUAAAGGCUAAGUUUUCCCGAUUCAUUUGCAAAAUUUGCGGUUAUUUGCUGUUUAAAAUCUUUCGAAGAUUGAUGAACAGUAUAUUUGUAUCGCCUCAUCAAAUGCAACGUCUUCAGGCGGCUGCUCAGACGUCUACUCCAAUUUUAUAUUUGCCUCUUCAUCGCAGUCAUUUGGAUUAUUUGCUUAUUACAUUUACUUUAUGGCAUUGGGGUCUUCAACUUCCACAUAUCGCUUCUGGCAGUAAUCUUAAUCUAUCCGGAUUCGGGUGGUUGCUGCGUGCAACAGGAGCAUUUUUCAUUCGUCGUCGAAUAGAUGGCGACGGAAGACCACCGAAUCUCGAUUUGCUUUAUCGGUCUGUAUUAGAAGCAUAUAUGAUAGAAAUUCUUCGUGCCAGAAUGCCGUUGGAAUUUUUUUUAGAAGGAACAAGAUCUCGAUUCGGAAAGCCUCUUCCACCUAAAAACGGCCUACUUUCUAAUGUUGUAAAAGCAGUACUACAAGGUACCUUAAAAGACGUGUGGAUAGUUCCUGUAUCGUUUACUUAUGAUAGCGUUGUUGAAGGAAUAUUUGAAAAUGAAUUAAUGGGUGUGUCUAGGCAAAAAGAAAGUGUAUGGAAAGUUAUGAGGCAUGUAAUCAGUGACUUCAAACGUGGUAAAUGUGGCUGUGUUUACAUUGAUUUCGGUCAGCCCACUCUUUUAAGUGUGCGUUAA